AUUUUGAACUCCAUUUCCCAACAUCCCCUAGAAGGAAUGCGCGCGAGAAGCCUGCCCUCGUCAAUUUGUAUCUGGAUUGUUGUUGAUAAACACACACUUCUUACAUUUUUUACAACGUCCAGAACGAUUGUCAGUGUCUGCUGCCAGCUUCGAAAAAUACGUCUGCAUUUACUACAAUCAAAGCAGACUUUAUUCAUUUUAAAACUGUGUUGGUGAAAAGGGAGUUUUUAUGUUUAAUUUGGAUGUACAAAGUUCAUUUCAACGGAGUUCACUGUGCAGUGCAGCAUUUAUUUUUCACGAUUCCUUCAUUUGGCCUGGCCUGGUUUCAGGCGAGUAAAUGUCUUUGACUAGUGUCACAAGUUGUGACUAACGUUUUGUUUUAUUGAUGUUAGUACUGUUAAUAUUACAUUACUGUUCAAGUUUUUUUUUACUAGUUUAUAUUGUGGAACAUGGGUAGGAGAGUUGUUUUAACUGAUGUUUACCUGUUCAUGUUCCUGAAAAGUGUUUUUUUUUUAAAUGCCGGAAGCCCUAAAUAUAAUGUAAAAAAUAAAUAACAUAAAGGUUGUUCAUAAGGAGCCACAAGUGUUAUAUACGGCAUGUUUGCAUCAAGACAAAAAAAAAUCCAUUCUCAGUUCUUGUGCAUUAUAUUUUGCUAUUAAACUCUUUCAAGGAUUGAGGUUGUUAUGUGAAAAUGUGUUACAUUUACUGAAAUAAAAACGCUUUUAAAACGACUAAAUUCCCAUUGGGCUUAUGUUAUUUUAGAUUCUUUUGAUUUUUUUUAUGUAUUAAGGACAGCCACUAUAAAAUCGUUAUCUUUAUUAAAAAUGUGCAGGGAAGAAUCUAGUAUUAAUGCCCAAAAAUUAACCUAUCUAGAGAGAGAGAGAUUUUUAAUGCAAGCAAAGAGUUGGUCGUUUUGAUUUUGUUUCUAUGAUUUUUUUUAGUCUUGUAAGCUUUUUAAGUAUGUGCAUCUCAUAAGUCUGUUAUAAUGAGAUCAGCUGUAUGCAACCUGUUCCUUUCCAAGUUCCAUACUGGAGAUUUGCACAGACCUCAUUUAAACCUGAGAUUCAUUAAUUGCUCUCGACUUGUGUUCUUUAUUAUAGAGAUCCUUGACAUCUCUAGACGAAAGUUAAGCUGUGAAUCUUAUUUCUUAUUUACACAUCAUAAACAGGUUUAUACUGUCUAUGGCUAUAAUUUCAUGAAUUCAACAUAUAGCAAAAUCAUAAAUACUGUCGUCUUAAAUGCCAUAUAACUCACUAUUCUUUGAAGUGUAUUCAGUUUAUCAUUUUAUGUAUAUAAGGUAUGUUAUAAGGUAUGUUAGCAGGUGAAAGCUGAAUAAUUUUGAAUAUGUCGGAAGCAUCUCAUUAUUCCAAAUAUAUCUUGGAUAUACUUGUUGGUGUUAUGUUUUUAUCGUUCUAACCUAAUGUAUAGCAUUUCCUCUUUGAUAAAGUGUUACAUUCAAAACUGAAAGUACAGUUGUAUCUGGACCCACUAUAAACACCAGGGGCUGCAGUAUGAAUUGUGUAUAGACAUGUAAUGAGGCGCAUUCUUUGGAUGGCUGGAAUAAAGCUGCAGUCCACCAGGGCUGUCAGAUGGUGGAAUUGUGUUCUCUCUGCAGCAGCCUGAGAUCUGUUCAUUGGCAGUCGCAAUGCUAGUGAAACCUUGAGACCGAUGUGUCAGACAACCCAAACCGCAGCGACAGAAUGCCACAUGGGAAUGACUCCUGCUUCAGGGGACAGGAAUCUGUGAACUAUUUCUCCUGCAUGAUUCACCUGUGGGAGGAGUGGACAGGUCUGGGGAACAUGGAGGAUUAUUUCAGCUACCUAGACUACCUGGUGUGGGUCUUCACCCCACUGGCUAUCGUCUUCAUCCUUCCACUCUUCAUUGUGGUCUUCAUUUACCUUUCCAUCCUCUUUCUCCAUGUGUAUAAGAGGAAGAAUGAGCUAAAAGAGGCCUAUUCCUAUAACCUGUGGGAUGGAGCAAGGAAAACACUGGCAACCUUGUGGGAUGGGCAUGCAACAAUAUGGCACGGUUACGAAAUCCAUGGCUUGGAAAAGAUUCCAGACAAAGGACCAGCUCUUAUUGUGUAUUAUCAUGGAGCCAUUCCAAUAGACUACUACUACUUCUUAGCAAACGUCAUUAUUCAGAAGGGAAGGACAUGCCACUCUGUAGCGGAUCACUUUCUCUUUAAAUUACCAGGUUUUAAGCUGCUGCUUGAGGUGUUCAGUGUCAUCCAUGGGCCCCAGCAGGAGUGUGUCCGGGCCCUGAAGAAUGGCCACCUGUUAGCAAUUUCACCUGGCGGGGCCCGCGAAGCUAUUUUCAGUGAUGAGACUUAUACCCUUAUGUGGGGGAACCGCAAAGGAUUUGCCCAAGUGGCCAUCGAUGCCAAAGUGCCCAUCAUUCCUAUGUUUACACAAAAUGUUCGAGAAGGAUUUCGGUCACUUGGAAGCAUAAAGUUGUAUCGAUGGGUUUAUGAAAAAUUUCGAUUACCAAUCGUUCCCAUAUAUGGAGGGUUUCCAGUCAAAUUUCGCACUUACUUGGGUGAUCCUAUUGCACAUGACCCUAACCUAACUGCAGCGGAACUAGCAGAUAAGGUAAAACUAGCUGUGCAGUCUCUAAUAGACAGACACCAAAUGAUACCAGGAAACAUCUUCCGGGCCCUAUUAGAACGAUUCGACAGAAGACAUAAAGAAGACUAGAUAUGUUUUGCUGGUGGGACGGAGACUUCUACAAUUAAAUUCAUUGUAAUAUGGCCACUUGAGCAUAAUGUGAUUAUGCUCUUACUGUGACAUAAAGCUGAGAAUGUUGCUAGUGUUGGCCAAGGAAAUCGAUAAACCAAGACAAGGAUUUUUUUUUUUUUUUUUUUUAAACAAAACUUGCAGGAAAUGUUUGUUUUCUUUAUUUGUCGAUCUUGCCUAGAAAUUAUCUUUCAGGGUAACAAAUUUUAAAAUCAGGGUAACAAAACAAAAAAUGUUCAAUUGCAUCACAGUGGAGCUGUCUGUACCUGUAUGAAAUGUACAGCCUGGGACUCUACUCUUGUGGCACUAAAACCAUAUGGUAUAGGAAGUAUUUGUAAGCUAUAUUGUUGUAGUCAUUUUUAAAUGUUACUGUAUUUGUCCAAAUAUAGUGCAUUUGUGUUGACAGUUGACUGCAAUAUAAGCACCCUGUGCAGAAAGUUGCAAUGUUACUCAACAUGUGUUUAGUUAGUCUGAUUUUAAUUUAUAUUUCUAAAUGGUGCAUAAAACAAAGUGUAUAUAAUACCUUUUAUAAACAGAGGUUUUAAAAUCACUUUACAUGUAUUGGUCAUUUAAGCAGCCAAUUGAUUACUUUAUUAGACUUUCCACCUUGUCCAUAUAUCUAAAACUGUCUUCUUUUUUGUGUGCCACACAUUUUGUUACCAAAAUACACAGUAAGUGUCAGCACAUUUCCCAGAGCUGCUGGACCGGUUGGGAUCUGCCCUUUUCUGAAGUGUUUGUCUAAACAGUGAUUUAGAGAGUUCCGGUCUUUCUGCUACUUACUUGGUUCCUAAUGUUAGAGCCAUGACCUACAACAGUUUGUUAAUAACAGUUGGGAAAAAACAUGAUCAGAUACCUGACUAUAAGACCAGCAGUAUCAGCUGUAACCUGGGCAUGAGGGUCUUUUAAGAAAGGACAAACUUACCGGGAGCACAUCUGAUCACUAGUCAAUACCGUGUGGUGACUGAUAGGGAAAGACACCGAUUGGGAACUGGGACAUCUGAGAGGCGUCCAUCAACACGCACACACUAAACAAGACAGUGAAUCCACACAGUGAGCUAGCUGGAUCAACCAGGAAAGCGUGCAGGGUUUGAAGGUUGAAUUCCACACAAUACUGGGGUGUGUUCCUAAUGAAGUGGAUUCCCCUUGUAUGUUGUGACCUUGUUUUAGCAGAUGCCUCAAGGGAGACACCACAUAUUUUGUACAGCACAGGCUGUUGUACAAAAACACAUACAUUAAUUAAUAGUUACAUUGCAAGGAUUUAGCACUGUUUUAAUUUAAUCAGUGGGUCUCCUGAUUACAACUUUGCUCAAACAUCACCAACACAUUGCCAAACUGAGAACAAGUCACCCAAACUGAAUUAACUUACUACAUUUUCUUGCACACAAAAAGACAGUCUCCCUCUUUACAAUCUGAGAAGGCCGUAAGUGCAUUAAAGCAUUACAGAAUAUUGUUUAGUUUAUAAAUGAAUGUAUUACUUGUUGUACAUACUUAUGUAUGGGAUGUCUUGUUAUUGUUGUUGUUUAUUGUUAUUAAAAAAAAAAAAAAAAAAAAAUGUCUUUAUAUUUUGAGGUUCUGUUGAAAGAGCCAGUUACUGGUACUGUAGGGAUUUCUUGAGGCUGAUUGGAGAAAAAGCAGCUGCAGCUAAAAUUCACUAUGUACUGAGAUACUUGCAAUCAAUGCAGGUAUGAGAUGCAGUGAUAUCUGUAAAACAUUAGCUACUCCCUGAACAACGACGAUAAAUCCCUAUUGUUAUGGCUGCAGAACCUCAACAAAUCCACCAAAUACAAUGUUGUGUUUAAAUUGAACUGCAACAUUAACAAAGACGGGGAAAAAAGGAGGUUUAUCAGAAAGAAUCUUCAUAGCACGUUCCACAAUCUUCAACAAAUGGAGGUCCAUGCCAAAUCAAAGUGGUGUGUAUUGCAUCUGAACCUGUGGUGUCUGCGGUCGCAAAGAUAUCUUGCAGUCAAACCAAACUAUUCAAAAAUGACACAAAAGUGAUCAAAUCCCCCAUAAAAUGUAGUUUUAAUCCCCAAGUAAACCCCCCACCUUUCCCAGGGUUUGCAGUAGUAGAUUAUCCCCUAUUACAGUUUUCUGGAUUCUGUGUUGCCUCAACCCACAUAUUGUUCCCACCUAAAUCUCUACUACGUACUGACAUUGUGUGCACGACUCACAAAAUUAUAAUGUUAGGUUUGUAGAUUGCAAUGUUCAGAAACACUAUUCAAUAUUGCUUUUAACAAAGCAAAUAAUACAGUUUGCAAUGGUGUACUUGUCAAUUUGUUAGGUCUAUAAAGCAGUGGGGGUGGUUAGAAAUACAUUAGGUAGGAGUUCCAGAGCUUUUUUGUUUGUUUUUAGUAACUUCACCUCAUUGAUAUACUGAAUAUGAAGGCACAUAUUAGUAAUGUAAAUCAAAAUCAUGCAAAUGAUGCACUGAAAAUGUGAAUUUUAAAAAUGCUACAAUAAACAUAUAAACACGACAUAUAUA